GCUGGCAAGCCCGUCCUUGGCAGCCCUUCCAAGUCUGGAGUCCCCGCCUUUCAGACGUCCUUCUCCAGCUUCUCUCAUAUCGUCGAUGCUUCUGGUAGUAUCAACUUCAAGGGCAAGGCGAGCAUAAAUGCCUCAGGUGUUAACUUUGUCAAUGGUGCCUCCUUCGCCGUUCGUAUGGAAGACUUCGAACAGUUAGAAGAGCUCGGUAGAGGAAACUAUGGAACUGUGAAGCGGGUGCUCCACAUGCCAACCAACGUUGAGAUGGCCAUGAAGCAAAUUCGCGUCGAACUCGAAUCCGCAAAGUUCAAGACGAUCGAAAUGGAACUGGAGAUUCUUCAUCGCGCCGUUGCCCCUUCCAUUAUUGGUUUCUUUGGCGCCUUCUACGACGAAGGAUGCGUGCAUUACUGCGUCGAAUACAUGGAUGCCGGCAGUCUUGAUACGCUUACCGCUUUUGAUAUCGAUGAGCGAUUCGAGCUAUCGGGCGAGUCAUUGACAUGGGAGGGUCUUCCCGAAGAGGUUCUAGCCCGGAUCGUGGGUAGCACGGUUCGCGGUUUGAAGUUCCUGAAAGACGAACUGGAGGUUAUCCACCGUGACGUGAAGCCUACCAACAUAUUGGCUAAUACCAAGGGGGAAAUCAAGUUGUGUGACUUUGGCGUGUCUGGUCAGUUGCAGAAGUCACUCGCUUUGACCGUAGUGGGCUGUCAGACCUACAUGGCUCCUGAACGAAUUGAGAGUGGCCUCCAGCCCGGAAAUGUCGCCUACGGUGUAUCUUCUGAUGUGUGGUCACUGGGGCUUUCAACGCUCGAGAUAGCUAUGGGUAAAUAUCCUUAUCCAGUCGACAGCAGAGGAAGUGCUAUGGCCUAUAUGACUGCCUUGAUCAACGGUGAUGUGCCUGCACUACCGGAGAGAUACAGCUCGGUCGCCCGAGCGUGGGUUUCAAGAUGUUUGGUCACCAACCCAGACGAACGGGCGAACUAUGCCGAACUACUGGCUCAUCCUUUUCUUGCAGAGGAGAAGAGCAAGGAUGUUGAUAUGAUUGGAUGGGUAGCAACUGCCUUAAAGUUCAAGGCAGCUAAGGCC